AUGGAUUGCUUUGCUGACGAUCGUGAAGCAUUGAACGAUUUCACAAAAUAUUACAAUAAUGCGCAUUUAAGUGAUGUUGCACUUUUAGUCGGUGAUGAAAUUUAUCCAGCACAUCGAAUAAUAUUAACAAAAAGUAGCGAAGUGUUCGAUCAAAUGCUAAGCAAGAAAUGGAAUGGUGAUAAGAAGGAGUUAGAACUUGUCGAGGACCCAUAUUGUCAACGAGUUUUUGCCGCAUUUCUACGCUUCCUAUACUGCAAUCAUAUACUUUUACAUCCCGAAAAUGCACUACCAAUACUUAUUCUCUCCGAUAAGUAUAAUGUUAACAGUUUGAAAAAGGUUUGUAUUGAUUAUGCUGUGAGCAAUAUAUUGCCAGAAUUGUCAACCAGAGAAUUAUUCCACGUGUGGUUCUCAUAUGCUACAAAAGCAUUCCAUCAACCACUAAUAAAUGCAUGUAUCAAAGUGUUAGCAUGGCAUUUCGAAGAGAUGAUAAUGAGGGAAGAAUGGGAAAAGGAAUGGUUAUCGGUGGAUCGCGAUCAGCUCAUCGAACUACUCAAAUCUAAUGAUCUUGUCUUGCCAAAUGAAUUUCGUUUGUGGGAAGCUGUACAGAGAUGGUUGACAGCAUCAUCACAUCCCGAGAGACGCGGAAGCACUGCUUCACCACUUCUCGCUUCCAUUAUUCCAUUCAUAAAAUUUCCAUUCAUGACAGCAGAUGAAUUGACAAUGGUUGAACGAUCGCCACUGGUUGAUUUACAUCCAAAAUUAUUCCAUCCGCAAAUUUUGCUCGCCUAUAAAUUUCAAGCUCUCCCAUUAGCAAGUAGAGCUAAUUGCAAGUGA